AUGUACAACUUAUCCAAGGUUGCCCAAAGACGUCUCGUCCCUUCUUUAACACGUAACACUGGUGUCCUCUCCACCUUUGCUCGUUCUUAUAGCUCUGGUGUCAAUGGUCCCGUUAUCGGUAUCGAUUUGGGUACAACCAACUCUUGUGUGUCCGUCAUGGAAGGCAAGAACCCUCGAGUUAUUGAAAAUGCUGAAGGUGCUCGUACUACUCCUUCCGUUGUUGCUUUCACAAAAGAUGGUGAAUUGUUAGUUGGUCAAGCUGCUAAGCGUCAGGCCGUUGUCAACUCUCAAAACACCGUCUAUGCCACCAAGCGUUUGAUUGGUCGUCAAUUCAAGGAUCCCGCCGUCCAAGCUGAUAUUCCUGCUGUUUCUUACAAGAUUGUUGCUCAUACCAACGGUGACGCCUGGGUCGAAGCCAACGGACAAAAAUACUCUCCUUCUCAAAUCGGUGCUUUCGUCUUGGGCAAGAUGAAGGAAACUGCUGAAGGUUACCUUGGUAAGAAGGCCAAGCAUGCUGUCAUCACUGUCCCCGCCUACUUCAACGAUGCUCAACGUCAAGCUACCAAAGAUGCUGGUAAGAUUGCCGGCCUUGAUGUCUUGCGUGUCAUCAACGAACCUACUGCCGCUGCCUUGGCCUACGGUCUUGACAAGUCUGGUGAUUCUACCAUUGCUGUCUAUGACUUGGGUGGUGGUACCUUUGAUAUUUCUAUCCUUGAAAUCCAAAACGGUGUCUUCGAAGUCAAGUCUACCAACGGUGACACUGCUCUCGGUGGUGAAGAUUUCGACUCUCACCUCGUCCGCUGGGUCGUGAGCGAAUUCAAGAACGAAUCCGGUAUCGAUCUUUCCGGCGACCGCAUGGCCAUUCAACGUAUUCGUGAAGCUUGUGAAAAGGCCAAGAUCGAAUUGUCUUCUACUGUUCAAACCGACAUUAACUUGCCUUAUAUCACUGCUGAUGCCUCUGGUCCUAAGCACAUCAACUCUAAAUUGACUCGUGCCAAGUUCGAAACCCUCGUCGGUGAACUCGUCAGCCGUACCGUUCCUCCUUGUGAAAAGGCCAUGAAGGAUGCUGGUAUCUCCAACAAGGAUGUUAACGACGUCAUCUUGGUCGGUGGUAUGUCCCGUAUGCCCAAGGUUGUCGAAACCGUCAAGCAAGUGUUUGGUAAGGAACCUAGUAAGUCUGUCAACCCCGAUGAAGCCGUCGCUAUUGGUGCUGCUAUCCAAGGUGGUGUCCUUGCCGGUUCUGUCACUGAUAUCCUCUUGCUCGAUGUCACUCCUCUUUCUUUGGGUAUUGAAACCCUCGGUGGUGUCUUCACUCGUUUGAUUAACCGUAACACUACUAUUCCCACAAAGAAGUCACAAGUUUUCUCCACCGCUGCUGACGGUCAAACUCAAGUCUCUGUUCGUGUCUUCCAAGGUGAACGUGAACUUUGCCGUGACAACAAGCUCUUGGGUGACUUCAACUUGACCGGUAUCCCUCCUGCUCCUAAGGGUGUUCCUCAAAUUCAAGUUGAAUUCGAUAUUGAUGCUGAUGGUAUCGUCAACGUCAGUGCCAAGGAUAAGGCCACUGGUCGUGACCAAUCUAUGACCAUCGCUGCUUCUUCCGGCUUGAGCAAUGACGAAAUCGAAAACAUGAUCAAGCAAGCCGAAGCCAACGCUGAAGCUGAUCGUGCUCGUCGUGAGACUAUCGAAAUGGCCAACCGUGCUGACUCUGUCAUGAGCGAAACCGAAAAGGCCAUGGAUGACUUUAAGGAACAACUCGAUAAGGCCGAAGCUGAAAAGCUCAAGGAAAAGAUCACCGCUCUCCGUGCCGAAGCAUUAAAAGCUCAAGCUGGUGAUGCUUCCGUUAACCCUGAUGACUUGAAGACCAAGAUUGAUGACCUUCAAUCUAGCUCCUUGAAGCUCUUUGAAAUGGUCUACAAGAACCGUGCUGCUCAAAAUGACACCUCUUCCGACAGCAACUCUAGCAGCAAUGCCGGAUCUCAGUAA